CCCCGCAAAGCCCCGGGCCCGCCACCUGAAUAGUUGAGCAGACUUCUUCCCAAACUCCGAUCGAUAACGAAUUCUCCGAUAACUUUCUCAACAUCCACCACACCGAUUUUCAGCAGACUCUCAGCCAAAUACAUAAGUAUUAUAAACACCAAAAACCUGCACGCGUAAGUAGAGCAAUGUCGGAGGCUAUUGCUCAAAAGGUCGAGGACCUCAUCACGAACAACUUGGUCGUCGUUUUUUCGAAGAGUUAUUGUCCAUACUGCACGAAGGCGGUGACGACGUUAAAGAAGACGGGGCGGGAGCCGGUGGUCGUGGAGCUUGACGAGGUGGCGGAGGGCGAGGCGCAGCACGAGUAUCUCAAGAACAAGACCGGCCAACGCACCGUCCCGGCAAUCUUCAUCAAGGCCCACUUCGUCGGCGGCAACUCCGAGCUUCAAGCUCUCCAUGAGAAGAAACAGUUGGACGCUUUGUUCGACUGAUCCGUCCUUCAACCUCCUCACUUCCAAUCCUUCUUCUCAUGGCUUCCCUUCUUUCUUUCUUUUCUUCGUUCAUCUUUCAUCCUGCCUCAAAAAGUAAAACUCUUCGAUCAGUCUUCGAUGACCUAUCUCUGCUCGUUUGUUUUAUGGCCGGAUCGUGUGUCUCUAUAAGUCCUGUAUCUGAAUACUCCAUGAUUGAGAUGAACAAAUGAAGUGCAUAUGGUGUCUCAACCUUCCUUGUUACAAUGAUUGGGACCUGGAUCUGAUUCCGUUUACCGACUUGUUUAUGUAUUUCCAUCUAUCUUCACAUCUGAGCAAAGUUCAAGAGACACAGUAAAAGAAGUCCGAUGUAAAACCACAGCACAGAG